AUGUCUGACGCGGACAUCUUUGUGUACACGCAGCCGCGGGGGCCGCCCUUGAGUGGGACAAAGGUGCUGCUGAACAGCAACUAUGGCUCGCCCGCAGAGUAUGCGCAGGCCAUCGACGAACUGCGGAUAGCAUUCCCGGCAGAAGACGUGUCGACUGACCCCGUGGUGCUAGAUGUACACGGCCAGCUCGCUGGAUAUAGCAAUAGCUUUCCUCAUAGCGUCGUUGUGGUGCCGAGGUCAACAGGAGACGUCGUGAGGAUCGUGAAUAUCUCACGCAAGUACCGUGUACCCAUCGUCGCUUAUGGCGGCGCGACAAGUCUCGAAGGGCAAAUCUAUGGCACGGAUGCAAAAGGCAUAUGCGUAGAUAUGUCCGCGAUGAGCAAGAUCCUUGAGAUUCAUGAGGCGGACGCAGACCUGGUCUGCCAGCCAGGGGCAAAAUGGACGGAUAUAAAUGUGAUGCUUAAGGAGAAAGGCAUCCCUCUAUUUUUUCCUCUGGACCCGGGCAUAGGUGCAAGUAUUGGUGGGAUGAUCUCCACCGGGUGCUCGGGCACUAAUGCUGUAAGAUACGGCACGGCGAAGGGAGAAUGGUUCCUUAAUGCGACUGUAGUGCUGCCUUCUGGCGAAGUGAUCAAGACCCGUCGUCGCUCGAGAAAGUGUUCUGCAGGCUUUGACACGUUGCAUCUAUUCAUCGGCGCAGAGGGAACGCUCGGCAUCGUGACAGAGGUUACGAUCCGUCUUGCACCGCUCCUUCCAACGCGUGUCGCGGUCGUGCAGUUCCCCAGCGUCGAGCAUGCAACGCGCGCCUCUACCGAGGCGCUGAAUUAUGGAGUGAAUCUGCAAUGCAUUGAGCUCCUCGACGCGCUCUUUAUGAAGGCGUUAAAUACAUACAACAAAAAUGGCUCGCGGACGUGGCCCGAGAAGGACAGUCUGUUCAUCAAGAUCCAAGGUGCAACACCGGUGUUCAUUGAGGAGAGCGCACGGAUCCUGCGCGCUGUCGCUGAGAAACACGGCGGAACCAACUUUGAAUUCGCCGCGACCGACGCGCAGGCCGAGGAGCUCUGGCUCGCGCGCAAGAACGCCCUACACGCGGGCUUCGUGAUGUUUCCUGGCGCAAAGGCGAUUGGAACGGAUAUCUGCGUCCCCGUAUCCCGUCUGCCGGACUUGGUGGCGGCCUCAAAGAAAGACUUCGACGCGGCAGGGCUGCCUGUACCGAUUAUAGGACACGUUGGAGAUGGUCUGUCCUUACCCACCUUCCGAAAGCAGGCGGCGCCGACUGAUUUUUGCACAGGAAACUUGCACGCAAUUAUCUACCACUAUAAUGACGAGGAAGAGAAGAUUGCGCAGGGGCUCGUCGCAAAAUUGGUCAAGCAUGCACUCGACCUAGACGGGACAUGCACUGGCGAACACGGCGUUGGCCUUGGCAAGAAGAAGUACCUGGUGGAAGAAUUGGGUGAGAGUACCGUUGAGCUGAUGAAGUACAUCAAACAAUGCAUCGAUCCCUUGAACCUGUUCAAUCCCGGAAAGGUGCGUCGCUACGACAAGACGCCUUUUGAAUAA